AUGGGGUUUGUUGGAUCAAAGGCAGAUCACUCAUUAUUCACUCUUCACAAGACUGAGCCUUCUCUCUUCAUCCUUAUAUAUGUUGAUGAUAUAAUCAUCACUAGUACAUCGUCUAAAGAAAUUGAUUUAUUUAUUAAGCACUUGGGCUCGACUUUUCCAGUGAAAGACUUGGGCAAACUCUCCUACUUUCUCGGUGUGGAAGCACUGUAUGAUGGCCAUGAUCUAUAUUUAUCGCAAAGGAAGUAUAUAGCAGACUUGCUGCAACGAGUAAACAUGCAUGAAGCCAAGCCUUGUUCAACUCCAAUGAGUACAACCUGCACGUUAUCAAAAUUUGAUGGCACUGAUUUUCAAGAUCAGCAACUUUAUCGAAGCACAGUUGGUGCUUUACACUACUUGAGUUUUACUCGCCCAGAUAUUGCCUUUGCAGUGCACCGUGUUAGCAAAUUCAUGCAACAACCAAAGGACAUUCAUUGGCAAGCCGUCAAACGAAUUCUUUGGUAUCUAAAAUCCACAGUUGGCUAUGCACUUCAUUUCCAUAAUAACUUAGAUCACUCUUUUCAAGGAUUCAGUGAUGCAGAUUGGGCUGCCGACAAAGAUGAUAGAUGCAGUGUCGGAGCCUACUGUAUUUUUCAUGGCUCAAAUCUCAUCAGUUGGAGCUGCAAACAACAACCCACAGUGGCCCGCAGCAGCACGGAAUCGGAAUACAAAUCUCUCUCAAACACAGCAGCUGAAAUAAGUUGA